AUGAUCAUGGAGACGCCGGCUGCUGCAACUCCGGAUGUGCCUCACGACAAGAGUGUGAUGACCAAGACCAUGGAGGGCGCCACGGCCGGGUUCUUGACCCAGCUCAUGGCUCUCUCGAAGCGAGCCUCAGCACACAUCGAGGGGCUGCGCAGCUUCGGUGGCGGAGGAGAGGCCCAGAACAUCUGGAGAGACAAGCCCGGCUUGAUCGCCUCCAUCAUCAUCCCGGUGAUCCUGAACGUCUUCUUCGCCGCCAUUUUCUACCAGGCAGUGGGUGACAUCACCUUGGACAACUAUGACCCACGCUCCCACUUCGGCGGAAUGACGCAGGUGGCCAUCGGAGGCAUGUUCGGUGCCGCGCAGCCGUUGCUUUUGAAGUUCCCUUUGGACCGCGGCAUUUUCCUCCGUGAGUACGCGACUUCAACCUACGGUUCCGCAGCGUACUUCCUUUCGAAGACGAUGGUGGAGCUUCCGCAGUCCUUCCUGAAUGCUGUCAUCACCUGGACGGCGGCCUACUUCCUCAUGGGCCUGCGAGGGCAGUUCAUGAUUUACGUCCUCGUCUUCUGGGUCACUGGUGUGGCUGCAGCUUCCACCGCUGUUCUGGUCGGGUGCUUGGCAGCCAAUGCCGAGGUGGCACAGCAGGCCGCUCCCGCCGUUUUCGUGCCGCAGCUGCUCUUCGCCGGCUUCUUCAUCACAACGGAGCCUCGGGGCACUUUCGGACUUGCCUUGACUCGCGUCUUUCGCGUACUGAGGCCACCCUUCACAGUCCCAGGCUGGAAGGAACUGAGGUAA